UUUUCGGCCGCUGCAGGAACUCUAGUUGGACCACAUGUGGGAAUGCAGCAAACACUGUGAGUGGUGCUCCACCUGUGGCCCCAGGACACCACUCCCCUCCUUGUUGUUCUCCCUCCUCCCAGGUUCUUUUAUGUUCACAGCAAACAUCCUCAACAUUCAGGUUGCAGACAGAGCAGCCGAUCUAUGCAUCCAGUAUGGUGUGGACCAUGUCAUAUUGGCCGUAGAAGCAUGUGGAGGUCGGCUCUUACUUUGUACCAGCUUUUGGUAACGACCCAGUCCCUCUGGGCUCAGACGGACGUCCCGGUUGCAGCCGUCGCUCCUCAGCACUGCAGUCUGGAAUGUAUCCGACAGGGAGGACCUGAAUGUGAAUACUGCAGAGUAACUGCAGAUGACAUCAAGAAGACUCUGGGUUUUGACUCCACCCAUGCAUUUGGAGAUUGUAUUCCAUGGCCUUGUUUGGAGCUGCUUGGGAAUGAAGACCCAACAAUCUGUGAACAUUACGUCCAAGCACCAACUGAUCUGAAGGUCGGGUUUGUACAUGAGCCUAACCCUGAAUAUGACACCGUCGUCGUCUCCUGGAAACCCAGCCACUACGGAAUUGCCUUCUUGCGAGGCUUUCAAGUGUCGGUGCAGGCUUUGGGAGGGACUGCUUCUACCUGUCAGCUGUUGCUCUUCAACCGUAACGUCUCUCUUUCUGCCUCACAUGCUCAAACGGUACAGAAGAUCUACAAAUCAGACCCAUUUCCUGACCUCUCCUUAGGAUCCCAGUAUGUUGUUACUGUCAUGGCCUUGCCGGUUCCUGAGCAGUGGGACAAGUUUUACCAAAGCCUUUACUUCUACACUCACUCAUGUGCAGAGAAAAAUGGUCUGGAGCAGUGUAAGCAAGACUGGUACCCGCGGCAUGUUGAGGUCCAGCAGGAAGGCUCUAAUAUCACUGUGACUUUUAACUUGGCUCCACCAAACCUGGGCAUCAGAAGGUACUUCUCCUUUUGUUAUGGAGACGUCAAAACGAAAUACACAGACAUAGUUCCAGAUUUCUCCAAAAACAAAACCCACCACAGUUUUCAGCUGAGUGGCCUUCAUGAAAAAAAGAACUACACCUGUGAGAUAGCUGCUAAGGAAGUAGAUGCAGUAAGAAAACGCUUCAAGAUUUAUGUCAUGGGCUCUCAGAAAGACAUUCCAUCCUCAGCUCAUGCGUCUUUGGCUGUGGUUCCAGCUCUGUGUCUGGCUGUGGCAGCCAUAUUUGGAGUCCUGCUGGCUGCUCUCAUGGGUUGGAGGUCGAAAAUGCACAGGAAGAAACUUGAUGUCAACCCAGAAAUUAUAACCCUGCAUGAGGAGACUAAGACCCAAAAGGAAGUGGUGAUCUUGCCUGAAUACAGGGUGACCCCUCCACGUCUUCUAAUUUGCUACAGUGGCCAUGAUGGCCCUGCACAUGUAAAAGCCGUCAUGCAGUUGGGAGCCUUCAUACAGCAGCACAUGGCGACUCAGGUGUGCAUGGACCUUUGGGACUCUCUGAGCAUCGCUGAGGAGGGCAGUAUGACCUGGUACUGUCGAAAGAUCCGGGAGAGCGACUUUGUACUGGUGAUCUGUUCUCCAGGACACAGGCAGAGACACGACACUGCUGAUCCAGAGGUGAUUCAUGAUGACAAUUUGGCUUUAAUGUCAAACGCCUGCAGUUCUGACGCCAUCAUCCAACUUAUUGGAGCAGAGGUGGGAUUAGCCAAAACCCGGGGAGAAGACCUGUCUAAAUACAUGGCAGCUGUUUUCAAGUACUGUAAGGAAACAGACAUCCCCACUGAGCUGAGGCUGGUAUCUCACUACACAUUCCCACAAGACUUACCGCUGCUCUUUUCACAUCUUCAUGGAGUGGCCCUGCACAGACCAGGUGGUUACCUUAAGAUUAACAACAUCACAGAGGAAGGUUUUACCACAGUCCCAACAGGAGCUGCUCUGCAGUUAGCUAUCCAGGAAGCGGGGAUGAUGCUGAGUGAAAAGCAGCAUCAAACGGAGGAUAGCUCAUACUGUGACAGAGUGGAUGUUUAAAACAUGAUAUACAGUGGGGAGAUAAAACAUUUUUACUGCCAUAAAUAUUUUUCUGUGGGGGCUUGAAAUUCACACCAGAUGUUAGUAACAACCCAAGAUAUCCACACAAACUAGGGGCAUGUAAAGAUAGAGAAGCCUUUUUUGGUAACAAGAACUUCAAGGCCAGUCAUAAUAAAACUAGUUGCAUACACUGCUCAAA